AGCAAGGGCACUGGGUCUGUGAGCGCCUCUUGCUUUCUGGUACCGGAACCCUUGGGGUCAGCCAUUCCUCCAAGGAGUCUUGGCUCCUGUUAGGAGGAAGACACCUAGAUGCCAGGCCUGGGCAGUCAGAGUGCUCGCUGUACAGGACAUUGUCAAGGUGUCCUCUCAUCCCACGCCCCAGUCCCAGGCUGGCCUCCGGGGUCCCCGCCCUCCCAGCAGUGCAAACCUGGUUCCUGUUACCUGUACUAAGUCUAUUUCCUCCAUUUUGGGAUUCACAGAACCUUUUGUGAUUGCUGUCUCUUGCCUCUGCUUUCUUGGAAAGAUUAAAUAUGUGAAGAGUUAAAUAUAUUGAAUAAAAAGGAAUUAAUUUUAGUAGGCUAAAAUUUAUUGUUUUGCUAGACCAGCUAAGUUUUGUUUUAUGGGAAAUUCAAUUGAAAAGGAUUAUAAAGCCAUAUUAUUGGUACAAAUGUAUGUGGGUUUUUUUUUUAAAGUCAGUCUUUCCAGUCUUAAUGUCCUAUGUUUGAAUCAAUGAUAUUCAGCUUUGUUAAAAAAUAAACACCUAUUUAUAUAUUCACUGAAUUCACUGAUUAUUAGCCCUCUUGGAGGGGAGGAGGUACAGAGUGUGUCAGGAUCUCCAAAUGCCCCACCUGUAUAAUUUGUGAGAACAAGAUAGAAUGUUACAAUUUUAUGUUUGGGGAAACAAAAGAAUAAACCCAAUGUUUUUGCUGGGUAAGUGUGAAAGCUCCUGUUCUGGGAAUUCUCCUUGGCCACUUGGUUUGAGAGAGAGAGAACUGUGAUGCGCUUUUCCUGCCUCCCCCAGGCCGGCUGUUCCGACGGCAGCAUCAGGCUGCACCGGCUGACGGCAGAGCGCCCGCUCCUGCAGUGGGACCACAGCACCUGCGGCCGCGCCGUCACUGGCCUGCAGUGGUCCCUGACGAGGCCGGCCGUGUUUCUGGUGCAGGACGAUACGUCCUGCGUGUACGUGUGGGACCUCCUGGAGAGCGAUCUGGGGCCUGUGGCCAGGCAGCCCAUCCGUCCAGACAGGUUGGUGGCCAUGACCGCUGUGGGGGAAGCAGAGAAGACCCGCGGCGGCUUCCUGGCUCUGGUGCUGGCCAGAGCCUCUGGCAGCAUGGAGGUCCAGUACCUGCGGCGGGAGUGGGCAGCCCCGGCCAGUGACGAGCUGCAGAGGCUGCGGCUGCUGCUGCGGGAAGCCCUGUAGGUGGCGGGACCCCGGGGUGAAGUUGUGCGGUGGCUCCAAGCUUACAGCGGAUGCUUGUACAUUUGUAUUGGUAGAAGGCGUGUGUCUGUACAGAAUUCAUCUUUCAAACUUAAUACGCCGUAAAUAAAUCACUAUUUUUGAAUGGAAA